AUGUACAUAAAGCAGGUUAUUAUCCAGGGUUUUCGAAGUUAUAGAGAUCAAACAAUUGUAGAUCCGUUCAGUUCAAAACAUAAUGUUAUUGUGGGCAGAAAUGGAUCUGGAAAAAGUAACUUUUUUUAUGCAAUUCAGUUUGUUCUCAGUGAUGAGUUUAGUCAUCUUCGUCCGGAACAGCGAUUGGCUUUGUUACAUGAGGGUACUGGUCCUCGUGUUAUUUCUGCUUUUGUGGAGAUUAUUUUUGACAAUUCAGACAACCGGUUACCCAUCGACAAAGAAGAAGUUUCACUUCGAAGAGUUAUCGGUGCCAAAAAGGAUCAGUAUUUCUUAGACAAGAAAAUGGUCACGAAAAAUGAUGUGAUGAACCUCCUUGAAAGUGCUGGUUUUUCUCGAAGCAAUCCUUAUUAUAUUGUUAAACAAGGAAAGAUUAACCAGAUGGCAACAGCACCAGAUUCUCAGAGACUAAAACUAUUAAGAGAAGUAGCUGGUACUAGAGUGUAUGAUGAACGAAAAGAAGAAAGCAUAUCUUUAAUGAAGGAAACAGAGGGAAAACGGGAAAAAAUCAAUGAGUUGUUAAAAUACAUUGAAGAGAGAUUACAUACGUUAGAGGAAGAAAAGGAAGAACUAGCUCAGUAUCAAAAGUGGGAUAAGAUGAGACGAGCCCUGGAAUAUACCAUUUACAAUCAGGAACUUAACGAGACUCGUGCUAAACUUGAUGAGCUUUCUGCUAAGCGAGAGACAAGUGGAGAAAAAUCCCGACAAUUAAGAGAUGCUCAGCAGGAUGCAAGAGAUAAAAUGGAGGAUAUUGAGCGCCAAGUUAGAGAACUGAAAACAAAAAUUUCAGCUAUGAAAGAAGAAAAGGAACAGCUCAGUGCUGAAAGACAGGAACAAAUUAAGCAGAGAACUAAGUUGGAGCUUAAAGCCAAGGAUUUACAAGAUGAAUUGGCAGGCAAUAGUGAACAGAGGAAACGCUUAUUAAAAGAAAGGCAGAAGCUGCUUGAAAAAAUAGAAGAAAAGCAGAAAGAACUGGCAGAAACAGAACCUAAAUUCAACAGUGUAAAAGAAAAAGAAGAGCGAGGAAUUGCUAGAUUGGCCCAAGCUACCCAGGAAAGAACAGACCUUUAUGCAAAGCAGGGUCGAGGAAGCCAGUUUACAUCAAAAGAAGAAAGGGAUAAGUGGAUUAAAAAGGAACUCAAGUCUUUGGAUCAAGCUAUUAAUGACAAGAAAAGACAGAUUGCUGCUAUACAUAAGGAUUUGGAGGACACUGAGGCAAAUAAAGAGAAAAAUUUGGAGCAAUAUAAUAAACUGGAUCAGGAUCUUAAUGAAGUCAAAGCUCGAGUUGAAGAACUGGACAGAAAAUACUAUGAAGUAAAAAAUAAGAAAGAUGAAUUACAAAGUGAAAGAAAUUACUUGUGGAGAGAAGAGAAUGCAGAACAGCAGGCACUUGCUGCUAAAAGAGAAGAUCUUGAAAAGAAACAGCAACUUCUUAGAGCUGCAACAGGAAAGGCCAUUUUAAAUGGAAUAGAUAGCAUAAAUAAAGUGCUAGACCACUUCCGUCGAAAAGGAAUAAACCAGCAUGUUCAAAAUGGCUAUCAUGGUAUUGUGAUGAAUAACUUUGAAUGUGAGCCUGCCUUCUACACAUGUGUGGAAGUCACUGCUGGAAACAGGUUGUUUUAUCACAUUGUUGAUUCAGAUGAAGUCAGCACGAAGAUUUUGAUGGAGUUUAAUAAAAUGAAUCUUCCUGGAGAGGUUACUUUCCUGCCUCUUAACAAGUUAGAUGUAAGGGAUACUGCCUAUCCUGAAACCAAUGAUGCUAUUCCUAUGAUAAGUAAAUUGAGGUACAAUCCCAGAUUUGACAAAGCUUUCAAACAUGUAUUUGGAAAAACACUUAUUUGUCGUAGUAUGGAAGUUUCAACCCAGUUGGCCCGUGCUUUCACUAUGGACUGCAUUACCUUGGAAGGUGACCAAGUUAGUCAUCGAGGUGCUUUGACUGGAGGCUAUUAUGAUACAAGGAAGUCUAGACUUGAAUUACAAAAAGAUGUUAGAAAAGCAGAAGAAGAACUUGGUGAGCUUGAAGCGAAGCUCAAUGAAAAUCUGCGCAGAAAUAUUGAAAAUAUCUUUUUCUCUUGUGUUGCUCCUUGUAUAUGGAUUAAUAAUGAAAUUGAUCAGCUAAUGAACCAAAUGCAGCAAAUAGAGACUCAGCAAAGGAAAUUUAAAGCAUCUCGAGAUAGCAUAUUAUCAGAAAUGAAGAUGUUAAAAGAGAAGAGGCAGCAGUCAGAGAAAACCUUUAUGCCCAAGCAACGUAGCUUACAAAGUUUGGAGGCAAGUUUGCAUGCUAUGGAGUCCACCAGAGAAUCACUGAAAGCAGAACUGGGAACUGAUUUGCUUUCUCAACUUAGUCUGGAAGAUCAGAAGAGAGUAGAUGCACUGAACGAUGAAAUUCGUCAACUUCAGCAGGAAAACAGACAACUACUGAAUGAAAGAAUUAAAUUAGAAGGUAUUAUUACUCGAGUAGAGACUUACCUCAAUGAGAAUUUGAGAAAACGCUUGGACCAAGUAGAACAGGAACUCAAUGAACUGAGAGAGACAGAAGGGGGUACUGUUCUCACUGCUACAACCUCAGAACUUGAAGCCAUCAAUAAAAGGGUGAAAGAUACCAUGGCACGAUCAGAAGAUUUGGACAAUUCCAUCGAUAAAACAGAAGCUGGAAUUAAGGAGUUGCAGAAGAGUAUGGAGCGCUGGAAAAAUAUGGAAAAAGAACACAUGGAUGCUAUAAAUCAUGAUACUAAAGAACUAGAAAAGAUGACAAAUAGACAAGGCAUGCUGCUGAAGAAGAAAGAAGAGUGUAUGAAGAAAAUUCGAGAACUUGGAUCACUUCCUCAGGAAGCAUUUGAAAAAUACCAAACACUGAGCCUCAAACAGUUGUUUCGAAAACUUGAACAGUGCAACACAGAAUUGAAGAAGUACAGCCAUGUUAACAAAAAAGCUUUAGAUCAGUUUGUAAAUUUCUCAGAGCAGAAAGAAAAGUUAAUAAAGCGACAAGAAGAGUUGGACAGGGGGUACAAAUCAAUCAUGGAACUGAUGAACGUACUUGAACUUCGAAAAUACGAAGCUAUUCAGUUAACUUUCAAACAGGUAUCCAAAAACUUUAGUGAAGUAUUCCAGAAGUUGGUUCCUGGUGGCAAAGCUACUUUGGUGAUGAAGAAAGGAGAUGUGGAAGGCAGUCAGUCUCAGGAUGAAGGAGAAGGGAGCGGUGAAAGUGAGAGGGGCUCUGGAUCACAAAGCAGCGUUCCAUCAGUUGACCAGUUCACUGGAGUUGGAAUUAGGGUGUCAUUUACAGGAAAACAAGGUGAAAUGAGAGAAAUGCAACAGCUUUCGGGUGGACAGAAAUCCUUGGUAGCUCUUGCUCUGAUUUUUGCCAUUCAGAAAUGUGACCCAGCUCCUUUUUACUUGUUUGAUGAGAUUGACCAGGCUCUGGAUGCUCAACACAGAAAGGCUGUGUCAGAUAUGAUUAUGGAGCUUGCUGUACAUGCUCAAUUCAUUACAACUACUUUUAGGCCUGAGCUGCUUGAGUCAGCUGACAAAUUCUAUGGUGUGAAGUUCAGAAAUAAGGUUAGUCAUAUUGAUGUGAUCACAGCAGAGAUGGCCAAAGACUUUGUAGAAGAUGAUACCACUCAUGGUUAA